UGCGUCACCGUCUCGUGGGGACUCCGCCGCCGCGUGCUGCCUGUGGACUUUACCGACGGCCGUUGCGCAGCGGGAGAUAUGCUCAGGAUACGACAGCUGCAGCGGCCUCUUCUCCUGCUGGUUUUAUUGGUACCGACAUUUGCGGAGGAUUCAGCCAACAGCAUUUUACACCGACAGCAAGACGAUCACGGAAACUACGAAUUUGGCUUCAACAUCGAGGGUCUAUCAUGGGACCAGUUCCAACAAGAGUCCGGUGAUGCACUCGGUCGCAAGACGGGUGCAUAUGGUUUCCGUGAUACUGACGGUCGCCUCAGGCUUGUCGAAUAUGUUGCUGAUGAACUUGGAUUCCGUGUAAAGGUCCAAACGAAUGAGCCUGGAACGCAAGAUACCGCUAUGCCCUCGGUCGUCAUAGACAGUGCCACCCCUGCCUCCAGCGUCGCUCCCGAUGCCCCAGCAUCGGUUUCACCAUCGACGCCUUCGGAGAGCACUCGCGAACCGAUCGUGUCUCCGCCACCUGCGCGGCUCCUACGGAGACUUUCGCCCUUGCCACCAUUUCUUCCACGCAGUUUGGCUGACAGCAUGGCAAGCAAGCUUUCCUCCGCCAGUGAGCCGAAUACGAAAGUAGAGAGGAGCUCGGACCACAAGUUGCAUGCGCAAGAACCACAACGAGAACAAGUGUCGUCGUCUCUGAGGCUACCGCCUUCCAGAAGCCUCGCCCAAAAAUUCGAAACCCCGUUGUUGCCUACAGGAGCUGUGAAGAUGGACUCUCACCCUGCUCUCCGUCACUACAGUCCUAAUAUAUUCCAGCUCGGACGUCCCGUAUACUUAGGGCAUUCUGCGCCAGCAUCUUUCCUUCAGAACCAUCAUUCUUCACAAUACCAGCAUUUGCCAGCUGGUCUUUCGGCUGGUGGCGUACCGUAUGCCGCGUCACCUCUACCGAGAGAUAAUCGAGCUAAGGGUGCUGCGCUGGUUACGAAAGAAGUGAAUGGCAAAAUAGUGCCUCAAGUUGCCCUGAUCAGAGCCGAUGGUACAUUAUCAACAGACGAACCUUAUCCGCCCCGUGGGUACCCUCAGCGACCUGCGCAGGAGCCUCGGCCACACCCGAAUGUGUACCAUCAGGCAGCGUUGCCGGUUUCUGGGCCGCGAUCAUUCACGAGUCAGAACACUCCAAACGUCGGAAACAUAUUUCCCAUUAACACUGUUCACCCCGCCAGCCUAGGCUUCCCCGCUGAUCCUUUCCCAUUUUACGCUCCAGGCGGCUACUACGGCCACAGUGGUACAUCGGCGCUGCCCUCCCAACAGCAGCAACAACUCCCACCUUCAGUUCCUGGCUACCAACCGCUUCCGCAAGGGCUCACAGUCAACUACUACCUGACAAACUCACUUCCGCUCGCCGGUCGACCGGGACAAGCUGGGCCAGCGGUUCAACCACAGCCGCUGCCAAUCGAACAACCACUGAUUCCACGACUCCAGCGGCCCCGCGUCAUCAAUCCAGUGUAUCUGUCUCAACGCCUGGAUUCAGCACCUUUGCGCACAGAACCGGUAGCCCCACAGCAGUCACAGUCCAUAGUACCGUCAUUUCCCGAUGCACAGCAGGUUUACGGCCAGAGACUGUAUCCGCAAGCCCGCCAUAGUCUCGACUUGCCGGGUGCCAUAGCCUACCGUGGUUCACGUGCCACGCCUGCGCUCCAAGAAGAGUACGUGCCGUCGCCUGCGCUUGCUCUGCAGGACGACCACGCCCGUCGUCUGCACCCUUCAUACGCUGCGCAGCGGCAACACGAAGGACUCCCAGCGGUUUGAGGAAAAGUGUCCCUGUCGACAGCGACAUUGUACAGACUGGUACUAAUGCCAUUCUCAAGUGAGAACGAGACCAGUAUCCUAGCUAGAAUAGGUCUUUUCUGGAAGUCGUUGCCUUAGUGCCACGCAUUGUGCAAUCACAUUUCGGCUGUUUGCCCUGUAAACAGCAGGAGACGCGUGCAACAUUUUGCGCAAAUCACUCGGUAGUGCUUACGUUUUAUGUGGCAGUGCCUAUGCGGGUACACUGACGUAGCGCUUAUACCUCGGUUCCACUCACGGUUGGAGGGCAAUAUCCUGAGACCGAACAGCGCUAGCCUAGUACGAAUAUAUUUAUGCUAAGUAAUCACAGCUUCUUUCCCAUAUCCGCACGCGUCAUUUAAUUUAUACGCUACCGUACCGUCACGCACGCACGUUCUUUUAGCGCUACUGGGCCUUAUUUAUUGCACGUGGAUGGAACAGAAGCACAAAAAGUGUUAUUAUUUUGUUUGCACAUCACAGAACAUCCUUAAGGAACAUUCAGCAGAACUCAAUGCUUUAAAUUUAGUUCGUCAACUGAAAAUCUGUGUCACGUGUGCUACUCGAACUGCCUAUGAUUAUUGGAGUAAUGCUAUGCGUGAUAUACUAUUCGAAUUCAGCAGCGAACAUGCGUCCUCUCCACGUGCUACCACAUUCUUCCAAAGAUAAAUGUAACGGCUAGUCGUGUGCAGGCUACUUCUACGGUCAAUUCAUUGUUAAAUGGUGGGGUCCUGGUCACCACUGUCGCUGUUUCCCUUUCAAAUAGGCCAGAGAGAUGCGAAUUCCCGAGACUUCAAUGGGGACCCGGUCGGCUAACCACAAGACAGGGCCUUCGGCGGGGCAUUGUUUCAUGGCUGGGUUCAUCGCUUCAUGCACAUCACAGUGCUGCAAAUGCAUUUUACGUCAAAGCUACGAACAGUCGAUGGCGCGAUGCCAGAAAGGAGUGGCGCCGUUCGUGCUAAGAUGAUGUACAUCGUGUGUAUGACAAUGUUAAGAUGUUGUAAAUAAAGAGAACAAAU